UUUGUAACGUCGAAGAAAUGCCGACUUCCGCCUUCGGAGCGCCCUUUCGUUGUGUUCUGUCUGAGAACAACUAAGAACAUAAUUAAAAAAGGACCCAAAUCGCUCACAUCGAAGCCCCUUAGCCGAGAGGAGCAUUUGAUGUGACGGGUUAAUGUUAAACGACCAAGCGAUGUCUGUGGUUUUUGACGGGAGUCCGCUGAAAGCGAUGCAGAGCUCACACUGUCUCCCACCGCAGACUGGCCUGAGUGCUCAGGAACUGUCCCAGGAGAUCAAGUCCUUCAUCAGUGGUGUUGACGCUGUUCAAGGCCGGAAGCUCAGUGUCCGGGAACACGCCCGCUGUGCUGUGAGGCUGCUGCGCUCUGUCCCGGCCUGUCGAGGGGCCGUACUGGAGCAUCUCAGGGGCGUGUACGAUGAGCAUGUGUCCACGUUUCUGCACACCCUGGAGACGGAGGGUAAUGCUGGUUCCGGGGUGAGCUGCAACCUGGAGGACAUCAUACAGGAGGUUCAUGGCGUGCUGUCAGAGUUCAUCCGCCUCAACCCUAGAGCCUGGGCCCCACUAGUGUCCACCUGGGCUGUGGACUUACUGGGUCAGCUGAGCAGCAAGCAUGCCGGGCGCCGGGUGGCCCCCCACUCCUCCAGCCUCAACGAGCUGCUCCAGCUCUGGAUGUCUUGUGCCGCUACCCGGUCCCUCAUGGAGGCCUACUCCCAGUGUUUGGCUGCAAUGCUGGCCUGGUGCCCUGACGCCUGUGUGGAUGCGCUGUUGGACACCUCAGUUCAGCAUUCCCCGCAUUUUGACUGGGUUGUGGCUCACAUUGGGUCUGCGUUCCCGGGCACCAUCAUCAGCCGAGUCUUGGCAUGUGGACUGAAGGACUUCUGCUCUCAUGGUGCUAAGGACCAAGGACUCCUGGUGAUGGGGGUAGAUAAAGGCAACAGAGUCCCCAAGAUUGGCUCAGUGGUGGGAAUCCUUGGACACCUAGCAGCACAUCACUCAGACAGCAUCCGGAAAGAACUGCUCAGGAUGUUUCAGGAGAGCCUGAGUCCGUCGAGCCCUCUGUCUCCAACGUCAUCUUCAACAUCUUGGGAAAGUUCCCCUCAACUUCGUCGAGCUGCGGUGCCAUUUCUACUGCAGCUGGCUGCGAUGUCCCCAAACCUCUUCGGCGCCGUGUCCGCAGAGCUGGUAGAGCUGUUUCGUCCUCCUGUCCUGCUUCAGUUGCAAGCUGUGCUGCAGGGCCUGCCCAGAGAGGAACUGGAUAACAUGCUGGGGCUGGCUGUACACCUCAUUAGCCAGAGCCCAUCAGGAGGGGCCCGGGUCCUCAAAUUUCUGGCGGACACAGCAACUCCAGCUUCGGUCAUCAUCUCUGGCCCGACACCCUCGCCUCACGAAGGAGUCAGAGAAGGCUGCGACCGCCUCCUCCAGAUGCUGCUCCUGCAUCUCCACAAGCUCGUCUUCAAUCGCUCAGAUGGGGUCGAGGUCAACCCCCAUCACUCAUCUUCCUCUCAGCCGCAGCGGGUCAUCCCCUUCUUGGAGGAGCUGCAGUCUCACGUAGGUCAGCUGUGCGCCGAGACGCUGCGGCUGGAGAGGAAGCGACACCUCUGGCUGCACCAGCUGCUGUGUCUCCUGUCAGUGUACGGGGGUCCCAGCGUGGCCACAGAGACCCUCUGCCAGCUACUCACCCAGGCCCGCAACCCGGAGGAACUGGCUCUGGCCUGGCAGCUCCACACCACGCUCUCAUCCUGCAUGGCAGGACUCAUUCCCGCCUCUGUAGCUCGCUGCGUGGCCCAGAUCCACACGCACACGCUGGGGCCCCGGCAGCUCAGGCAGCUGCUGCUCAACCUUGCUGCUGCCAUCCAGAGUCAGGAUGAGGAGAGACGAGGAGCAGCAGGCGCUCAGUCCUCCAUGGCCAUUCAGCUGGGAUCGGCCGUCUCGGGACACCUCCAUGACUUUGGCCCGCUCCUUCUCCACGGCGACCCGGCCGUGUCUCACGCUGCGGUGCGCCUCCUGUCCUGCAGCCCGCUCCCCCGUACCUCCUCCCCGUCACACCUGCUCCUUCUCUCCCGUGCCGCCGUCACACAUUUCUUUCUGACGCUGCGGAGGAGGGGAGAGGUGGGGAACGUGGGUAGAGACGGAGGGCAGGCAGGCGAGGCUGUGAACUGCUCGGUGCUGCUUCUGUCUCGCUUUGCAGCGUACUCCCCCCUGACUCUGAAGGCGGUGCUUCAGCAGCUGGUCGAAGGAUCGCUACAUAAAGGCAACGCCGACUUGUUUGGAGGGCAGAUAGCAGACAUGUCUGGCGCCCCUCUGCCUUCCCCAUCCGUGUCCCCUGACCUGGGAGCCUCUUUGAUAGAUAUCAACUGUCGGUUUGGGACCACCGUUAAUUUCUCUGGUAGUGUCUGGUCUGUGUUUCACGCUGGAGUGAUUGGAAAGGGGCUGAAGGUUCGCACUGCCACACAGGUACCUGACCCAUCUGGGGUCAUCCAGAACGUCCAGACUCUGCUGGCUGUUAUUGUCCAGUGUUGCAGCUCCUCUGGGCUCAACGGCUCCCAGUUACCCUCUGACCCAGACGAGCCUCCGCCCAUCAACGCGGAGGCAGCCAAGGUUGUCGCAGUCACACUCGUGGAAAGCGUCUGUCCAGAUGUGGCCAAUGGGGAGUUGUCCUGGCCCCCAGAGGAGCACGCCCGCACCACGGUGGAGAGAGACAUCCACAUUCGACGCUGCUUUGAGGCCCACCCAGUGCUCUUCCCUCUGCUUCAGGUGGUGGCGGCCGGACGUCCGGCCCUCUGCUACUGCUCAGCUGUGCUCAGAGGCCUCCUGGCCACUCUGUUGGCACACUGGGAGGCUUCUCGCGAGGGGUCAUCCACUGACUCCCCGUGGCACCUCCAGGCCUCCUGCCAUCUGGUGUCCUGCAUGGGAGAGGGCCAACUGCUGCCCCCCGUGCUGGCGAACGUCCACGAAGCCUUCCCCCACCUGACCCCCUUUGAGGUGAGGCUGCUUCUCCUGGCCGUGUGGGAGUACGUGAGGGGCAACGGCCCCAUGCCCCAGAAGUUUUUCUUCAGCUCGGAGAAGGGCAUGUUCUGCAGAGACUUCUCACGGGACGGUGACGUGGCGAGAUACGUGGCCCCGAUUCAUAGCGUCCUUCAUAAAAACAUUGACCGGCUGGGACACCUGUGCUGGAGGUUCCAGCUCUGAGAAUCGGUGGGGAGCAGGUGACGAGGAAUAAAUAAACUUUUAAAAAAAAAAAAGAGGGAACGGCGAAAUAGAUUGCUCCAAAAGUGGACUGCAAAGUUGCUGUCGCUGUAGUUCAGUUUCAUACUAGUGUGUGUACUUUUUGUACUGUUUUUUUCUGAGAUGUUUCUAACUUGGUUCUGUGGCAAACAAAAAGGGCACACCUGUAUAAAAUGUUAAUAUAGAACUCUCUCCACAACAUAGAGUCUUACUGUGUCAUUUUGGUUACAAAUACAAUUUAACUCUGCUGAAGCGUUUAUACACUGUUUUGUAUAAGUUCCAGAUUGUUCAUCUUCUAAAACUGUGUCCACAAACAAGCCUUACAUCUCUUAUUAAAAACACGGAAACCGUUGUCUCAACCAUUUCACACAAUAAAUAUUCAUGUAGUUCAUGAAAGAGACUCAAA